AUGCGCAUCCGCUGUAUUAUCCUCAAUCUCAUUCUCGAAGCACUAUCCAGUUUCUUGUUCAUCCUAUUCAUAACAUUCUCUUCAAACGUAAAUACUACAUUCAACAAUAUUUCAAUUGACACUCUACAUCUCCAAAGUACAAAUAAAUACGCGACCUUACAUUUAGGCAAAGGCAAGACGUUUGGAAAACGCGAUUCUUCAUCGGAAAAUGUACUAAAUGGCUCUAUAAAUGGACCAAUUACCUCCAAAUCGCAACCACCUAACUCAAUGAGACUGAAUAUCCUAAUUGGCAGCUUGCUAUUUGGCCUAUCUCUGUCAAUGGGCAUCCAAGUUAAUCCUGCAUGUUCUCUUGCCCAAUGGCUAACUAAUCCAAAAGGGAUGCAGUCUAACGCAGUUUUUUCUUGGCUUUCCAGCUUGUUUGCCCAGUAUUUUGGCGGAGUCCUAGCAUGUCUCCUUUGUGUUAAACAUUUAGGCCAUACAUUUCAGUUCAAUCCGCCUAGUACAUCUGCUGCACUAGUUUCUGAAAUUUUUGGCACAUUUUUUUUGGUGAUUGUGUUAUUACACUUUAAGACAUAUUUUGACAAUGCCCAAAAAACAUUCACUAUAUAUUUUAUAGAAACCGUUACUAUUGCUUGGAUUUCCUUUGCCUUUAUGACUGCUAGCAGAGGAUGUCUUAAUCCAGCAUUGGCAAGUUGCUCCUUCUAUGCCAUAGUUUACUUUAAUGGAUUUGCAUUACAUCCCAUCGCUCCAACUGCCACAAUACUGGAUAAUGCACAAUGGAUUAAAAUGACCCCGUACUAUAUUGGCCCGUAUAUUGGAUCUUUUUUGGCAUCUAUUGCAUACCGUUCCAUGAUUGACGUUGUGGAUGAUACUAACAAGCCCCUUCUUGACAAAACAUCCACUUUUAAAUCUAUUACAACUGUUGAAUUGCCUUCUGCCGAUUUUUACGCAUAA